AUGUGGCUCUUUCGAGUCUUUUCGUCGGCCUUGUUCCUCGCCGUCACCGUCUCGUCCAUCCCACUAGCUUUCGAUGUGGGCGGCAAGACAUGUGGCCUGGCCUUCUCGCUGUCCCUAGCGGCCUAUUACUUCCUGGUAUCCUUGUUGAAGGUCACCACCCCUGAACGAUCGUGGUUCCGUUCCUCCAUUAUUGCCGUUCUCCGCUUCUCGCAAUGGGCCGUCAUCUUGGUGCUUCUGAUUUGGUCGCUGAAUCGAUUCUCGGUUGAUGCUGAGAGUGCAGGAUGGGUGGAACGUACUUUCAACGGCAAGAGGGCGCAGGAUUCUUCUAUCCAGGAAUGGCUCUUUGGUCGCGACGGCCUGGUGGAAACUGUGAGCCUCGGCAACUGGGAUAGGCUUCUGAGAUGGUCUACCCCGGUCUUCCAGCUGGCAGAGGGAUUCUGCAGUUUGCUGGUGAUUCAGGCUGCUGGGCAAAUUACCCGCUGGCUCGUCAACCGAGGUGGACGCAGCGAUAGCUGGAUGAUUGGCCUCUUGGUCUUGUCCGCUACGAUUAUCUCCAGCUCUGUUUACUUCCUCUGGCGUGUUCUGCAAUUCCCCGAAAUCUCCAACGUCGAUGCCGCCCUGAUUGGAGUCUCUGUCACAUGCGCCGUCAUUUUGUGUGCCUGGGGUAUUGGAAGUGGUCGCGGUAACCCGGUCGAAAGCUCCCUCCUCUUCGCCUACGUCGUACUCUGCAUCUACCAGAUCUUCACGGACUACCAGCCAUCACACCCCAUGGAACAAAUACCCUCGCCCUCGCAGGUCGGAGACUUCCCUCCGCUGCCUCCCAUCCUCAUGGCGUCGUACACAACUCUGAUGCACGCACUGUCUACUCUACCGUCAAUUAUUCAUGCAGGCUUCAACGUCAUUACCGCCGUUUUCAGCGCUGUCACACCCUCCGUCCUCAUCUCGCUCGCGUACCGCUUGCUUGUACUGUAUGCGUCGACGCGCAUUAUCCCAGCUGUCCGCGAGUCUGGCGCACGUGCGCUUUCCCAAGAGGCUUCUAUUGAUGAUGCCGACGCAGCAGGCCAAGUGCUGGGCUUCCUGAGCUACUUUGCCCCAAGCAUUCUCAUUGCUGUUUACACCAGUCUCCUCAUGCAGCACUUCGCAUCGACAUCACAAGCAAUGGGCGGCAGCGGUGAAUGGUGGAGCAGCCAUGGUAACGGCGGUGGUAACCCGUGGCGGUGGAUUAAUCUUGCUUGCACAAUAUCCCUAUAUGCGGUUGAGCUAUGGCUCGGGGAAACCAACGAUCUCGACAACGGAGUGGCAGGUCACUGGAAAACCGACUGA